UUGUUUAGACUUUUACUAGCAAUUUCUAUAUAUCAGUUUAAUUUUAUAACGUAUUAAUCCUUUAUCUUCAUUUGUAAAAGCAAAUGAAGAUAUUUGUUUUUUGGUCAAAUUUGGGAGAAAGAAUAGUUCAAAUCAUCAGAAGGCUUGAGUUGAUGCGAGAUACAUGGCGCCCAUUUCUCCUUGUGCCCUCCCCCCACGAACUUCAACUGCUGUGUUAAAGCUUCUUUCUUCACCAUUUUCUUUUCCUUCCUUUUCUUGUCUGAUUCAGACAUGACGGAAUCCACGAGAAUCAGAGUCACCGUAUGCUUCUUCUUUGUCGCCAUCCUGUUCUGCAAUCACAUUUUCACGGCUUCUGCACAAGCAGAGCAGGAGAAGCCGUCUCUUUUGAAGAUCAUAUUUCGGAUAUUCGGGAAAAAGUUCCCUCCAACUUCAUGGGAACUCAUCCAAGCGGCAAUCCAGAAGAUCAAGAUGAAGAUUUAUCAUCCGAAUCUAGAUUUCAGAAGCAAAAGCGAAGGGAAGGGUGAAGAAGGGAAAGGAGGAGAAAACAGUGCUGGGGAGAUGGUGAAAGAAGCGGCGAAGAAGAGUUUGGAGACAAGCAAAGAGACCAUUGAAGGGUCUGCAAAACUGGCGGGAGAUGCUGUGGGCGGAGCAGUGCAGAGAACAGCCGAGAAGGUGAAGAACAAAGCCUCGCAUGACGAGAUCUGAUCUGAGAGACAUUGUUCAG